AUGGUCAACACAUUGGAUGCUUCUUUCGUGACGGAGGGGUGCUGGAAACCCGGGCUGUUCGAGGGUAAGGUGGUUAUUGUUACUGGUGGUGCUGGCACUAUCUGCAGAGUCCAGACGGAGGCUAUGGUUUUACUUGGUUGCCAAGCUGCAAUUGUCGGAAGAAAUGAGGAGAGCACAGUGGCAGCUGCUGAAGAGAUCUCGCGGUUGGGGAGUGAUGGCUGCGUGCUGCCUCUCUACAAUAUAGAUGUUCGUGACUUCAAGCAAAUGGAGGAGGCUGUUGCGCGGACGCUGGCGAGAUUUGGGCGUAUCGACUUUGUCAUUGCUGGAGCCGCUGGCAAUUUUAUUUGUGAUUUUGCCCAUAUGUCGCCCAAUGCCUUUAAAACGGUGGUAGACAUCGAUCUAUUGGGCAGCUUUAAUACCGUGAAAGCUUGUUUCCCACAAUUGGUAAAGAAUAAGGGCUCUAUACUCUUUGUAUCUGCUACGUUGCAUUACUAUGGGGUGCCCUUCCAAUCGCAUGUUGGCGCUGCCAAGGCUGGUAUCGACGCGCUCUCAAAUGCGCUGGCUGUAGAGCUUGGGCCACUGGGUAUUCGGUCAAACUGUAUUGCUCCUGGUCCAAUAGGUGGCACAGAGGGAUUUAGACGUCUGGUGCAGAAGGAUCUUCGCGACAAAGCUAUCGAGUCAGUACCCUUGCAAAGACUUGGAACGACACGAGACAUCGCCGAGUCAACAGUCUUUCUCUUCUCCCCGGCGUCUGCUUUUGUUACCGGUACCAUUUCCGUUGUCGACGGCGGUGCCUGGCAUGUAGGAACGCAUUUCUCGCAUAAUAUGUAUCCUAAGCAGUUGGUGGAAAGAAUGAGGUCCAAACUUUAG